UGACACUGACACUAUUCAUGACAAAUCGUCGUGACGCAUCUUGCUCCUUACUCGUAACAAGUUGUUUUCCCUAAUCCUGAAACCCAGCCCAUUAGUAAAUAUAUUUAAAAAAUAUGAAUAAACGCCCUAGUCACACAACUUAAUCUCAAUUGUGUUCUGUGCCAAAGAUAAGGGAAAUUAACUUUCAUUUAGAAACCGGCUUUCUUUAAAGAUGUGGAAAGCGGCCACUGAUGUAGUGGCGCCCACACCGGCCGAGGCUGACGAUUGGGAAACAGAUCCCGACUUUGUGAAUGAUGUCACCGAACAGGAACAACGUUGGGGGCCAGGGGGAAGACAUGUAGAAGCUAUUGAUAUGGCUAAACUCAGAGAGGAAGUUCUGGAAGCAGACAAGCAAAUUAAACAGAAGCAGUACGAGGAAGGGCCCAAACCCUCAUAUGGAUAUGGAGGUAAAUUUGGUGUCCAACAAGACAGGAUGGAUAAAUCAGCGGUCGGGCACGAUUACAUCGGCAAAACAGAGAAGCAUGUCUCGCAGAAAGAUUACGCACAAGGUUUCGGCGGUAAGUUUGGCGUUCAAACUGACCGUAUGGACGCCAGCGCUGUGGGUCACGACUAUGUGGGCGUCGUGUCCAAGCACGCCUCGCAGACCGAUCACAGUAGGGGCUUCGGGGGGAAGUACGGCGUGCAGACUGACAGAGUUGACAAGAGCGCGGCUGGUUGGGAACACAAGGAGCAGAUAGAGAAGCAUCCGUCGCAGAAAGACUACUCGGUCGGCUUCGGAGGCAAGUUCGGUGUACAGGUCGACCGGCAGGACGCCAGCGCCGCCGACUGGGGACACAAGGAACCCACUGCGGCACACGAGUCGCAGACUGAUCACUCCCGCGGUUUCGGUGGUAAGUUCGGGGUGCAGACGGACAGACAGGACGCGUCCGCCGUCGGCUGGGAUCACCAGGAGAAGACGGAGGCUCACGCUAGCCAAGUGGACCAUAAGAAGGGCUUCGGUGGUAAGUUCGGUGUCCAAACUGACAGAGUGGAUAAAUGCGCCCAAGGUUUCGACUCCGUGGAGAAGUCGGGCGGGUACAGUAGACCCAGGCCGGACAUCGGCGGAGCCAAGCCCAGCUCCAUACGAGCCAAGUUUGAGAACAUGGCCAAGGAAAAAGAACAGGAAGCUCUACAAUCCGUUCAGAAAUUAAGACAGGAGAGGCAACAACUAGAUCGUAGUUUGUCAGAAAAAGAAAAACAACGCCUGGAGAAAGAAAAGGAGCAAAAUAAAGAAGAGACGGCCAGCACGAACGUGUUCAAGAAGACUGAAGGUGGUAACGCAGUGCCCGCGGCUGUGCAGGCUGUGCAGGACGCGAGACAAGAGGUGGAGCAGGACGUUAGACAGGACACUGUGCACGAGAGGCAGGAAGUGAAGCAGAGCAACCUGCCGGAUGUGACGCUCGUGGGAGACGCCAAGGACGAAGACAAGGAGGAGCAUCCGCGGCAGCCCACGAUAGUGGUGUCUCCUGUGGGCUGGGAGGGGGAGGGCGAGGGCGAGGCGUGCGAGGCUGACGACGAGGACGGGUACACGGCCCGCGCGCUCUACGACUACCAGGCCGCGGCGCCCGACGAAAUAUCAUUCGACCCCGACGACCUCAUCACCAACAUCGUCAUGAUCGACGAGGGCUGGUGGCAGGGUCUGUGUAAGGGCGCAUACGGCCUGUUCCCGGCUAACUACGUACAGCUACAAGACAAAUAACCAGCAUUCCGUGUAUUGUGUAUAUAAUAAUUACUGUAAGUCAUCAAUGAUUUUGGGUCGUGUUGGAGCUCUUGGUAUACAUUUAUUUAGUUAUUGAAAAGAAUAAGUGAAGUAUAAACACACUCGGUCACCAACCAUCAGCGCCGCGUGCUGCGGGCUGAGUGUUGGUGACUGAAAGUUAUUGGUCAAAACUGUUUUCAAUCCAAAGUCAUUGAGAUAGCUUUAAGGGACGUCAUUGAAAACGAGAAAAUGAGUAGAAAAGAUGGAAUUGUAUGGAAUUUUGAUUAAACAUAGAUAUAAAGAUAUCUGUUAGCGCUCUAGUGAUCACGCGUCUGAAAAAAAUGACGGAAGAUUGAUUGACAUCAAGUAAAUUUAGACCUUAACUGUAUUGUAAUAAAAUUGAAUUUAGAACGACGGAAACAAAUAUGAUGAAGUAAAAAUUUAUUACGGAAAAUAUUUUAAAAUUCGACGUUUAAAUUUAAAAAGGGGACAAAAUAAAAAUAUAGAACUCUAUAAACAAUAAACGAAACAUAUGAAGUGUAACCUCAUUUUAUGGAAUUUAUUAUUAUUGUAUCGCCUAAGUAUUAACAGAAUAUUUUAUUAAAACAUUUAACGCUGUUUUAACAUUUUAUAUAAUAAAUGUAAUGUUGAAGCAA